UAAAUCCCAAGGUUCUCAGUGAUAAAAACAAGAAUCGAAUAAUCAAUCUUCCAACAUCUACCAUCACACAUCACACAUCACACAUCCAACGUCCACAAUGAUAAUCCCCAAUUUUCUUUCCCUCCUCCUCCUAAGCGUAACAGUAACACCAAGCACGAGCUCACCCCUCCCCGAAUCCACACAAUCCGUCACGCCACCACCAGAAUGCGACGUAAUUCCUACAUGGGAAGUAACGAAUUUUAUCUGGUUCAACUCAUCGCAUAAUCUAGAUUGUGUGAACCAGGUUGAUAUUCGUGAGUAUAUAUUUACUUAUUUAUCUCCCUACACCAUCUACCAUCAACCCUCCCCUCUUCCCAAACCCCUCACCACACCCUAACUGACCCCAACUAACCAACCCCCAACCCUAGCCAACGUCUGCGUAAACAGCACUCCCAACGGCCUCACAGGCUGCGACGGCAACCUCGGUCCUUGCACCGAAUGCGGGCUCAACGCAUGCCUCACGGGACUGCCCCUCCAACCAGCAGGCUACGGCCCACCAGAUGACAUAAAAAUAUCCAUCAACACGCCACUAGAGUACACAUCCUGCGAACAAACCAACCCGGCAGGAUUCCGUCGGUACGAUGUAGGAAACGGGAUUGUGUUUUGCGCGGGGGUAGCGUAUCGCGUUACAUUUAUCGGGGAUAGUAAUCCUAGUUCUGCUGGGAAUGUGGGACGGAUUGAUUAUGAGCCGAAUUAUCAGUGGGCUUGUACGAAUGGGAGUGUGAUUCAGGGGAGUGGGAGUGUGGAGUUUGAGAUGGAUUGUUCUUAUGAUUCGGGAAAUAAUGCAACUUGUGUUAUUCCUGAUGGGGAGAAUGUUGUUAUUCCGCUUUUGGCUUAUCAGAUCAUUUAGACUAGACAGCUUUUAUAGAACUGAUUUUGCAAUAGAAGGAUAGAAAAAGGAGUCAAUAUCGCAUCGAAUAGAUAGUCCAAUGAUCCAAAAAUCCAUGUACU